GGAUCCGAAGCGUAUUCCUGUUGUCUGGACAUGGAAGAGAAGUUGCGUCGUGCGAGCCCGGCGGUUGAUUUGAUCCUCGACGGAUCGCAUGGAUUCUGUGGAUAAUGGAUGGGCCAUGGACGGGCUGGGGUGGGUCCGCUGGCAGCCGUUUGUCGUAAUGAUUCAGACAUCCGCAACGUCACCGUAAAAGAUGGCGCGAUGCGAGCGAGCUGAAGAAACGCGGCGAUCACGCUCUGACGGCACCGUGUACGUUCCCCCCAACUGACAGCAUGGUUCAGUCUCCUCUAUCUCCCUUCGAAAGGCUUGCCUAUGGACCGUCCCGCCCUCGACCUAAUCGCCUUCUACCUCGCCGUCGACCCUUUCCUCGGUCCACCCUCCAAUCUCGUCUCCCUUCUCCUCACCUCACGAACAGUGUAUGAGCACCUGUGUAUCAAGAACAAUCCACACCUCUACUCCGAGAUCUUCCGCUACAAGUUCGAUGCUGCUGCACUCGAUCGUCGGCUCUCUCCAAGUUGGACGUCUGCCUCUUGUUUGGCCAACGAACUCAGACUCCGCUUCGUCGCCCUGAAAUACAUCCGUCACGGAAGAGUGUCCGUUUUUCCCGACAGGGAUGCCUUGUGGAGGUCGUACCUCAUGAUGCUCGAGAACGACGGCAGAAAUGAACAACAUUUAUGUCAAUGGGCAAAUUUACCUCAAUGGGCUUUGAGUGCCGUCGCUUUGCGAUGUCUUUCUCGGAUAGAUUAUGAGGAUUGUCCCCCUGAUCCUGAGGGCACGUCGCUGGCACUGUGGCUCCUUUGGAUGACAAGCAGCCCAGAACGUGUGAGAGGCGAGGGUAGAGCCCCGUUCAAUAUGGCCAUCAGCUCCGUAUUCCCUCUCCUCGUCAGAGGCUAUCAGUAUCCCUCCUUGCUGGCCCCUGAUACACACUUUUACCUCCCGUUAUGUGAAGAGCACGAUACGGUGACAGCAGGAUACUCAGGGCCCACGACACUCGCUUCAACUAUACAUUAUUGCGGACAUCAGCUCCAGCUAGCUGUGCCACCACUCACUCCUGCUGCGUUACUGAACUACCUUGUACGUCGCGAGUCUCGCCAAGACAGUGCUCCUCUUCAUCCAAGCGUUGUUGAUCUUCCUGCGACGCGAGAAGAAGCGCUCGCUCGUGGAAUUGCCAGCCCUUCCCUCACUCAAGAAGACGUCGCAGAGUUUCAUUACCGUACCCGCACCCACUUCUUUAAUAACCCGCGCGAGCGCGGCCAUAGCCCAAGCGAACCCCUCGAUUUGGAAUGGUUCCGCCUUGUCUCCUGCCAUGACCUUUGGGACAUCGAGCGGCCUUUAAGAGGCAUCGUAUAUUCCCUCGGCACCAUGGUCGGAAACUGGUGCGGCCGCAUGAUUAUUCCGGACACGCAGGUUCAUAUCAAUGCCGCGGUAGACAAUCGUAUUCACCCCAACACGGUGCCGAUGGUACAGGGACGCGUGGCGUGUCGGUUUGAAGAGCACCACUGUCUUAGGUUCAGUGAACCUCUCGUCGCACCUCCUUGUCCCAGCGGCUUCGGCGGUGAAGAUAUUUUCAACGCUUGGCUGCCCCGAAACACCCGCAUCCGCCACAAAGCCAAUGGCGUUAAAAUAUUUGAUCCGAAGCACGGGCAAGGACACAUGGUACGAGACAUAUUGCCCAGAUCGUGCGCAGCCCUACUCCGCCGCAGCAUGCCAGCGGUUACUCAACGAAUAUGGCACGGGCUGGGGUAGCCAGUCGCUAUUUACCUCACACGGGGACGACGAUGAGUACGAGGACUAUAUCGAGGAGACUUUGAGUGGUGUUCAGGACAUCAUCAUCACUGGCGAGGUAUGUGCAUGCGUG